CAACGGAACUUAAUUUUCCGCAGGAUCUGAUCGUCGAUCAGUAUGCCAAACUCGCCAACGAUGCUGACGGUUCUGGCUCUCGGGCUAGCGCUCCUCAGCGCCGCAGGUCCGGCCACCGCGCAGAACUGCAGCUGCCCGCCAGGCUACUGCUGCAGCCAGUUCGGUUACUGCGGCACGAGCUUCGACUACUGCAACGGCAACACGUGCCAGUCCGGCCCCUGCACGGGAUCCGGCGGUAGCAGCGGCGCGAACGUAAGCGGCGUCGUCACCGACGCAUUUUUCAACGGCAUCAAGUCCCAGGCCGGGAGCGGGUGCGAGGGCAGUAACUUCUACUCGCGGAGGGCGUUCCUGCGCGCUGCCAGCAGCUCGUACCCCGCCUUCGCCCAUGGCGGCACGGAAGCCGACGGCAAGCGCGAGAUCGCCGCCUUCUUCGCGCACGUCACGCACGAGACCCGACAUCUCUGCUACAUAAGCGAGAUCAACGAGAACAGCGCCUACUGCAACUCGAGCAACGCACAAUGGCCGUGCGCCCCGGGGAAGAAGUACUACGGGCGCGGCCCGCUGCAGAUCUCGUGGAACUACAACUACGGUCCUGCCGGGAGGGAGAUCGGCUUCGACGGGCUCGGGAACCCGGACAUGGUGGCGCAGGACCCCGUGAUCGCGUUCAAGACGGCGCUCUGGUUCUGGAUGAACAACGUGCACGGGGUGAUGCCGCAAGGGUUCGGCGCCACCAUCAGGGCCAUCGACGGCGCCCUCGAGUGCAACGGAAACAACCCUGCGCAAAUGAACGCGCGGGUGGGCUACUACAAGCAGUACUGCCAGCAGUUCGGCGUCGACCCGGGGAACAGUCUCACCUCUAAGGGCAGCGGUGGACCGGUGGUGCAAGUUGCACAAGCGGACAUGAGUAUGGCGAGCUCGCCGACGAUCCUGACUGUUCUGGCUCUCGGGCUGCUAGCGCUCCUCUGCGCUGUCGGUCCGGCCGCCGCGCAGAACUGCGGCUGCCAGCCAGACUUCUGCUGCAGCCAGUAUGGCUACUGCGGCCAGACCAGCGAGUACUGUGGCACCGGGUGCCGGUCGGGCCCCUGCACAGGGACAGGGAGCGGCGGCAGCAGCGGCAGCGGCAGCGGCGCGAACGUCGGUAACGUCGUCACCGACGCGUUCUUCAACGGCAUCAAGAACCAGGCCGGAAGUGGGUGCGAGGGCAGCAACUUCUACUCGCGCGACGCGUUCCUGAGCGCUGCCAGUGCCAGUGCGUACUCCGGCUUCGCCCAGGGCGGCUCGGAGGACGACGGCAAGCGCGAGAUCGCCGCCUUCUUCGCUCACGCCACACACGAGACCGGACAUUUCUGCUACAUUAGCGAGAUCAACAAGGACAACGCCUACUGUGACUCGAGCUACACACAGUGGCCGUGCGCCGCGGGGCAGAAGUACUACGGAAGAGGCCCCCUGCAGAUCUCGUGGAACUACAACUACGGGCCGGCAGGACAGAGCAUCGGCUUCGACGGGCUCGGGAACCCGGACGCCGUGGCGCAGGACGCCGUGAUCGCGUUCAAGGCGGCGCUCUGGUUCUGGAUGAACAACGUGCACGGGGUGAUGCCACAGGGGUUUGGCGCCACCAUCAGAGCCAUAAACGGCGCCCUCGAGUGCAACGGAAACAACCCCGCGCAAAUGAACGCGCGGGUGGGCUACUACAAGCAGUACUGCCAGCAGUUCGGCGUCGACCCGGGGAGCAACCUCACCUGCUAG